UGAAAGGUGCCCCCUGGAUAGAUCACCUUCUCUCUCCAAGAGCGAAUGUCCCCCUGGGGAGCCAGGAUUACCUGGGCUACCUGGACCAAAGGGAUUCAAAGGAGAAAGAGGGAAAGCCGGUACCCCUGGAGCUGAGGGUAAGCCUGGUACCCCAGGAGAGCGUGGAUUUCCAGGAACACCUGGAUUGCCAGGUGAACAGGGUCCACUUGGAUUAACAGGGGCUACAGGGGCACCUGGAACACCAGGAAUUCAAGGUGAAAGAGGACGAACAGGUUUACCAGGCAAAGCAGGUCCACCAGGACCUAUGGGACCACAAGGGCUACCAGGACGCUCAGGGAGUGCUGGGAUACCUGCGAAAAAGGGCUCCAAAGGUGAAAAGGGUAUUACAGGCCUUCCUGGGCCACAAGGUUCUGUUGGGGACGCUGGGAACCCUGGGAGAAAUGGGAUUCCUGGACUACCUGGAUCAAAGGGAGAGAGAGGUGAACCAGGUGAACCCGGGACAGAUGGACCGCGAGGACAACUGGGCUACCAUGGUCUUCCCGGACCUUCUGGACCUGUGGGGCCCAAGGGGGAGCGUGGUAUCACUGGCCCCAAAGGAGCAAUGGGACCACAAGGACCACAGGGUAUUCAAGGACCUCUAGGUCCACCUGGGAUUGAAGGGCAAGAGGGACCCAAGGGUGUUCCAGGGGUGCGUGGUGUACCAGGAUUGACAGGUCUAUCAGGAGAAAAAGGAAUGCCAGGAGAGCAAGGACUCCAGGGUUUACCUGGACCAAUGGGCAAUCCUGGACUAAAAGGACAUAAGGGUGAAACUGGAGACCCCGGAGAUAAAGGAAAUCAGGGUGAUCAUGGUGUGGCUGGAAGUCCUGGAGCCCCAGGAGUACAAGGCCAAGCUGGACGGGAUGGAGAAAAAGGAGAGAAAGGCAAAUCUGGAGAUGCUGGAGGAAGAGGGACUCAGGGGAGCAAGGGAGACUUCGGACCAAUUGGACCAGUUGGACCUCGUGGACCUCCAGGACGAGAAGGGUUACCAGGACACCCAGGCGUACCUGGGUUUCCAGGGAAACCUGGAAAGCCUUUAACAGAUGAACACGUAAUAAAGCUGUGCACUGAUGUUCUUAGGAACCAAUUACCUCAGUUUCUUCAAACCAUGAAACCUACGUGUCAACAAUGUGAAACAAAGCCAGGGUCACCAGGUUCGCCAGGACCGUCCGGUCCCCAGGGACCCACCGGAAGCCCCGGGUAUCCAGGAAGGGUGGGAAGGCAGGGGUACCCAGGGGCACCCGGAAUGCAUGGCGCUCCAGGAAUAAAAGGUGAUAUUGGGCAGAAGGGGGACAGAGGUUUAAAAGGUGAAGGACACACUGGUUUACCUGGCCCACCUGGUCCAGCAGGUCUUGAAGGGCCACGAGGGAGGCCUGGUGAAGGUCUUAUGGGAGCCCCUGGAGAGUCAGGCAAAGUUGGGUCACCUGGCACCCCAGGAAGGCAUGGCCAACCUGGUACACCAGGCAUCUGUGACAUGACAAGCUGCAACAGCGCCUACAACCGGCUCAGAGACAACCCCUUCAACAAAGGACCAAACUUCUAGAGGCCUUGGCAGACUUGCUAAGGAACAGUUGGCAUUUUCAUCUCACCCUAUGAUUUGGUGUGAUGUUGGGUGGGUGGGGUGCAUUUCAAUCUCAGGAACGAUGUUUUGAAUAUGCCCAUGCCUUAAACACAUUUAUGUAUUUCAUUUUAUUGACUUAUAAGCCAAUUUUGAUAUUUGAUAUGAUUUACCUGACAUUUGAUCAUUUAUUAGCUCCUAAAAGGACUGUAGGCAAGUAUAUUGAAAAACAAAAACAUAAAGAGUUCAGAGCAAUUUAUAUGAAAAUCCUUUGUAGUGGCUUAACAUGUACGGCUUUGGGUAAAGUGAAUUUUCUGCAUCACGAUGGUGUCAUUCGCAAAACAACACCAAGCCAUCUAAAAAUCAAUUAACCCCAGCCUGAUAGGGUCGUAUUUGGGCUUGUGGUCCAAACUUAUAUACACUCAUAGACAAAAGUAUUGGCACCCUACUCUUAUAAUUCAAGGUAACAGAUUAAGGACAAGCAUUAACGUCUUUUUCUAUAAAACAAAAAGCAAAAUAUACAAUUUGUUGUAAUUCAACAAAUAAUCUUUAUCAAAAAACAAACAAAACGUAUUUCAUUUAAGGUAUUUGUUGAUGACAAAAGUAUUGGCACCCCUGCUUUAGUAUUUCGUGUGUCCUCCUUUUGAUUUUAUUAUGGCUAUCAGACGUUCAUGAUAAUUCUUAACCAGUAUGUUACAUCUUGCUGGGGAAAUCUGGGCCCAUUCUGUCUUGCAUAUUUCCUUCAGCUCAGACAGAUUGGAUACACAAUGCCUGGCUACAGCUUUUUUCAGAUCAGUCCAAAGCAUUUCUAUUGGAUUGAGAUCUGGUGAUUGCGAAGGGUAUUCCAGAACUUUUAUCUUCGUUCUCUUCAAGAAUUCCAGAGUUGAUUUAUCCUUUUGCUUUGGGUCAUUGUCGUGUUGGAAGAUAUGCCAAUCAGCCUAUGAGCAGAGGGUAUCAUUGUACUUUGUAGAAUUCUUUGAUGCAUGGCUGCAUUCAUUUGAUCUUGAAUCGCAUGAAUGUCUCCAGUCCCUGAAUUGCUAAAACACCCCCAUAUCAUGAUCGAGCCAUCUCCAUGUUUAACUGUAGGUACAAGGUUUUCUUCAUCAGAGGCUUUCCCUUUUUUCACCAAACAUACUUUGGUCCCCUUUUUUUAGCUCCUACCUGCUCUACCCACCAUUUUUUGUGUCUGUCUGCUUCUUUUAAGCAUUUGAGUUAAAUUUGUUCUGUGGUACUUUUUGAUUACUGUUCUUUUUCUGGCUAUUGACUUUAUAAUGGAGCAUUAUUAAUGUAUAAUGAUUUUUUUAAGCAAUUCAUAUAUUUUUAUAUUAGUUCUGUCACAUUUUUACAGACUUUCAAUGUAAAGGUACCAAUACCUGAACAAAUGUUUUAAAUUGCUUUAGUGCAGAAAUUGUGUAUUUUGGUCUUUGUCAUAUUAAUUAGUGGUUAAUGUUCACUAAAUGCUUGUCUUAGCGUUGUUUUCUUGAAUUAUCUUAUAUUAAGUGAAGAGAUUGUCCAUGAGCUUAAUUCUGCAAGGUCAGAAGAACUCUGUACAAUGUGGCUGCUGGUUUUAAUUUACAUCCAUCGAUAAAUGUGCUUAAAAUAGCUUUACUUUGAACCCAAUCUACAGCAAACCAAAAAAAAAAAAAUAAUAAUAAAGCUGCAGUGGGAUGAGAAUAUAGCUCAACCAGUAAUCUCAUCUGUAUUUGGGACACUGCAACAGUUUUAAGGUUCUUAAGAUGUAAGUCUGUAUAUUUUCUAACAAGCACAACAAGUUUCAGCAAACUUACGUUAAAUGGAUCAGCUCAGUUUAAAAAAUAUUGUAAAAAAGGUGCUGUGUAAUGUAACAUAAAAUAAAAUGUGUGAUGUUAUGGAACUAUUUUCAUACUAUACAUUUUGACUGGUUUUUUGGUAUGUCAUUUUUAAAUGGUAUUUAUUCUUGUAGUUUGGCUUUUCUUUUUACAUUUAUAAUUUUAAAAUAUUUGUGUUAAGUAUUCGGGGUCUCAAAUAUUUCAAUUGUUAUAUUUCUGAAUAUUUUUAAGAGCAAACUGUUUUGUAGUUUUUUCUAGUACUAAAAAUAAAAGCCUUUUAAAAUACAA